UAAGGGGCGCUGUACGUAGGAGAACGUUGUACGUGGGGGGACGCUGUACGUGGCAGUCCGGACUCAUCUUCUGCUGAGUGAUUGAACUCGUCUUCCCUCCCUGAAAAAAGAGCGCAUCUGAGGCAGGUGAGGCUCGCAGGUCCCCCGGGUCACACCGAGUAUGUGGCCGCUUGUGCUGGUUGCGCUGCUUCCCUCCAUCCUGCUGGCUCAUGAAGUGGACUGGAAGAAGCUCGAUGGUCUCGCCAGAGCCAAAGUGGAGAGCUGUGGAGGAUGACAGCUGAAUAGGCUGAGGGAGGUCAAGGCCUUUGUGACCCAAGACAUCCCUCUGUAUCAUAACUUGGUGAUGAAGCACAUCCCUGGUGCAGACCCCGAGCUCGUCCUCCUGAACCACUACUACGAGGAGCUGGAUCGCAUCCCGCUGUCACACAUGACCCGUAGUGAAAUUAACAGUCUUCUGGCAGAGUUGGGCUUCUAUAAAAAAGCACAAGCUGAAGACGAAGUGCCGGAGGAGUUUCGCUUCUCACCAGCUAAAGACAGCCCCUUUAAAGAGCACCACACUGGAAAAGCACCCACAAAGAGUGAUCCCCCAGAGGAGCCACAGCCUGAGAAAGAGUCAGCGCACAAAGAUUUAUAGUCUUUGUACAGUAUGUAAAAGAUUAAUUGGGAUCAUUAAGUAAAUUUGAUUAUACUUUCCCCAGUCUUGGGUGCGCACACCUGUUUUUGCUCUGCUGGUGUACGGCUGAUACUAACGAGCUGUUAUGGACACCAUUUUCUGCCCAAAUGAGAACUGAAUGAUGCCCCAAACUGUAAAAUCAUCCGAUUGGUUUAGGGCUGAGUACCUGCGUUCUUAUUGGUGGAACCUGGUCUUCAUAAAGUGCUGGAUAAUAACAUCACAGAAAUAAAAUGAAUAAAUAUUUUUUUGACCAGAA